AUGUAUGCAGCAGUGGAACAUGGGCCUGUUCUUUGCAGCGAUUCCAACAUCCUCUGCCUCUCCUGGAAAGGGAGAGUCCCCAAAAGUGAGAAGGAGAAACCUGUUUGCAGGAGGCGGUACUAUGAGGAAGGCUGGUUGGCAACAGGCAAUGGCAGAGGAGUUGUAGGCGUCACUUUUACUUCCAGCCAUUGCAGGAGGGACCGGAACACCCCUCAGAGAAUCAACUUCAAUUUGAGGGGCCACAAUAGCGAGGUUGUGCUGGUGAGAUGGAAUGAACCAUUCCAGAAAUUAGCAACCUGCGAUGCAGAUGGAGGAAUAUUUGUUUGGAUACAAUAUGAAGGCAGAUGGUCUGUGGAGCUUGUGAAUGAUCGUGGGGCACAGGUAAGCGACUUUACAUGGAGCCAUGAUGGGACUCAAGCACUUAUCUCCUAUAGAGAUGGAUUUGUGCUGGUCGGUUCAGUCAGCGGACAGAGACACUGGUCUUCAGAAAUAAAUUUGGAGAGUCAGAUCACCUGUGGCAUAUGGACUCCAGAUGACCAACAGGUAUUAUUUGGCACUGCUGAUGGACAGGUUAUCGUCAUGGACUGCCAUGGCCGAAUGCUGGCCCACGUGCUCCUUCAUGAGUCAGAUGGCAUCCUCAGCAUGUCCUGGAACUACCCCAGCUUCCUGGUGGAGGACAGCAGCGAGAGUGACACAGACUCUGAUGAUUACUCCCCACCACAAGAUGGACCAGCUGCAUAUCCAGUCCCAGUGCAGAACACCAAGCCACUGCUUACUGUCAGCUUCACAUCAGGAGACAUCAGUUUAAUGAACAAUUAUGACGACUUGUCUCCUACUAUCAUCCGCUCAGGGUUGAAAGAUGUGGUGGUACAGUGGUGUACACAAGGAGACCUACUUGCAGUAGCAGGCAUGGAGAAGCAAAGCCAGCUGGUUGACCUCAGCAAUGGUUCCCUGUUAAAAAGCGCCCUGGUCAAGUUCUACAAUGUGCGCGGGGAACAUAUCUACACUCUGGAGACACCUGUGCAGCGCCCCAUUAUCUCCAUCUGUUGGGGUCACAGGGAUUCACGCCUGCUGAUGGCUUCUGGACCUGCAUUAUACGUUGUCAGAGUUGAGCACAGGGUCUCCAGUCUGCAGCUACUGUGCCAGCAGACCAUUGCUAGCUGUCUGCGGGAUGACAAGGAUAUCAGCAAACUGACCCUGCCCCCUCGGCUCUGCUCAUACCUCACCACUGCCUUUAUACCAACAAUCAAGCCUCCUAUCCCAGAUCCAAACAAUAUGAGAGAUUUUGUCAGCUACCCAACAGCUGGUAAUGAACGGCUUCACUGCACCAUGAAGCGGACAGAAGAUGACCCAGAGGUCGGUGGUCCAUGUUACACUCUGUACCUUGAAUACCUUGGGGGACUGGUGCCUAUCCUGAAAGGACGUCGUAUCAGCAAGCUGCGGCCGGAAUUUGUCAUCAUGGAUCCUAAAACAGAUGGAAAAGCAGAUGAAAUCUAUGGAAACAGCUUGAUUUCCACUGUGAUUGACAGCUGCAACUGCUCAGACUCCAGUGACAUUGAACUGAGUGAUGACUGGGCAGCAAAGAAAUCUCCCAAAAUCAGUCGAGCUAGCAAAUCACCCAAACUCCCCAGAAUCAACAUAGAAGCUCGCAAGUCUCCCAAGAUGUCACGAGCUGCGCAGGAGAUAUCAAGAUCGCCGAGAUUACCAAUAAGGAAACCUUCUAUUGGUUCACCAAGCCUAUCCCGAAGAGAGUUUCCUUUAGAAGAUAUUACUCAGCACAACUACCUUGCUCAGGUCACAUCUAAUAUCUGGGGAACCAAAUUUAAAAUUGUGGGUUUGGCUGCUUUCCUACCAACUAACCUUGGUGCAGUAAUAUAUAAAACCAGUUUGCUGCAUCUGCAGCCCAGGCAGAUGACAAUAUAUCUCCCAGAAGUACGGAAGAUUUCAAUGGACUACAUUAACCUACCUGUCUUUAAUCCAAAUGUUUUCAGUGAAGAUGAAGAUGAUUUACCAGUGCCCGGCGCUCCCGGUGCCCCCGCCAGCAGCCCACCGUGCACCGUCAACAUCCCCAUCGCUCCCAUCCACAGCUCAGCCCAGGCCAUGUCGCCCACGCAGAGCAUCGGCCUGGUGCAGUCGCUGCUGGCCAAUCAGAACGUGCAGCUGGACGUGCUGGCCAAUCCGCCGGCGGAAGUAGGCGGUGAAGGGGCGGGGCCGUUCCCAGGCCCGCCAGGUCGCUUUCCCAGCCCCGGAGCAGGGACGCUAGCUGGGGGAGAGCUGGGCCGCGGCCCCGCAGCGCCCCUUGCCCCGCCACCCCCCGCACCCUCUGCCAUCGGCCUGGCUGACCUGCGGGACCACAGCGAGCGUGAGCACGAGCCCCCACCCAAGGGUAAGGCCCCGCGGCCGGGGCCACAGCUGGUGGAAGGGGACGCUGUCGUCUUUGGGGCCACUCAGGAGCUGCCGCUCAACAAGUUGAACCCCCCGCCACCCUACCCUGGUACCAUCUCCGCCGCGCCAACCACCACCCUACAGCCCCCACACGGCCUCCCACAGCCAUCCCUCGACCUCUGCCUGAAAAAGGGAGAGUUUUCCCUCUACCCGGCAGGCCACUACCAGACACCCCUGGGGUAUGAGCGGAUAACAACAUUUGACAGCAGCGGGAACGUGGAGGAGGUGUGCCGGCCUCGCACUAGAGUGCUCUGCGCCCAGAGCACCUAUACUCUGCCGGGGCCUGGCAGCUCCGCUACCCUGCGCAUCACUGCUGCUGAGAAGAAGAUGCAGCAGCCCUGUGCUAGUGCCACCCUAAACCGGCUCACAGUCCCUCGUUAUUCCAUCCCAACUGGGGAUCCGCCUCCCUACCCAGACAUUGCCAGCCAGCUGUCCCAGGGCAGAAACAUCACGCAGAGGCUGGACAGCAGUAUCAUUCAUGCAACUCUGCGAAGGAACAGCAGGGAGGCAGCCCUGAAGAUGGCUCAGCUGGUGGAUGGUCAGAGAGCCACAUUGCAACUUCCCCCAAAACCCAAAAGCAGCACAGUGACAGCACAGUACCAGCAGAGAGUACCCACUGCCCUGUAUACCUGUAGUCAAUGCAGCAGUAGCGGCAGUGGCAGCAGCAGCAGCAACACGACCACUGGUGGUGUGGGUAGCAUCACUGGUGCCAAUGCUAGUAGCAGCACUUCCAGUAUUGGUGGCAUAAGACCUGAUCUGAGCACGGGUAGUGGCUCCCAGCACAGCUCUGUCAUCGCUCACUCCGUCAGUACUUCACCUCUGGCCUCCCAGUCAUCCUACAGCUUGCUGAGUCCACCUGACAAUUCCCGUGACCGAGCAGAUUAUAUCAACUCUGCCUUCACGGAGGAUGAGGCCCUUUCUCAGCACUGCCCAGUGGAGAAAUCAAUACGGCAUGUACCUGUGUCCUUGACAGAGGCUGCCCUCACUGUAAAACGACCGCCACCUUACCAGUGGGACCCUGUAGUGAGUGAAGAGAUAUGGGUUCCUCAGGAAAGAACAUCUCAGAGCUCAGUGCCAAACCCUCUGAAACCUACUCCUCUCAUCAUUGGUCAAGCGCAACAUCUGGAUAUGUCUCGAGUGCCAUUUGUGUCUCCAAAAUCUCCAACCAGUCCCACUGCCACUUUCCAGACAAAUUACGGAGUUGGAGUACCUUACCCAGGAAACUACAGUGCCCCUCCCAUUCCAGGAAUGCAGCCCCCCUGCUCCCCCAAAGAAGCUCUGGCCCCAACACAGUUUGCACAGCAGGAGCCCACGGUUGUGCUUCAGCCAGGUUAUCCAUCCAACCUCUCCUAUUGCCCUUUGCCACCCAUGUAUCCAGGAAGUAGCGCCUGCUCUAGUUUACAGCUGCCACCGAUCGCCUUGCACCCAUGGAGCUCCUACAGCACCUGCCCACCCGUACAGAACCCCCAGGGCACCUUGCCCCCCAAACCACUCCUCGUGGUGGAGAAGCCAGUGAUGUCUCCCCCUCCAGCAGAGCUGCAGGGUCACGUGGGCUCAGAGGUAAUGGUGGAGACGGCAGACACCUUUCAGGAGGUGCUGUCCUUGACAGAAAGCCCUGUUCCUCAAAGGACGGACAAAUUUGGCAAGAAGAGCCGGAAGCGCCUAGACAGUCGAGCCGAGGAAGGAAACGUUCAGGCUAUCACUGAGGGCAAGGUCAAAAAGGAGGCAAGGACGCUGACUGACUUCAAUUCCCUGAUAUCUAGCCCUCGGAUGGGGAGAGAAAAGAAGAAGGUCAAGAGCCAGAAAGACCAACUGAAGUCCAAGAAGCUAAACAAAACAAAUGAGUUUCAGGACAGUUCGGAGAGUGAGCCAGAGCUUUUUAUCAGUGGAGAUGAACUGAUGAACCAGAGCCAAGGCAGCAAAAAGGGUUGGAAAACCAAAAGGAGUUUGAGGACAGCCAGUGAGCUGGAUGAAUUCAAGUGCCGGAAGGCCAGUGAGAAGGAGGAUGGGAGGCUGGGGAGCCAGGGCUUUGUGUACGUGAUGGCCAACAAACAGCCGCUGUGGAACGAGGCUACACAAGUCUACCAGCUGGACUUCGGCGGGCGAGUGACCCAGGAAUCAGCAAAAAACUUCCAGAUUGAGCUGGAAGGACGACAGGUGAUGCAGUUUGGAAGGAUUGAUGGCAAUGCUUAUAUUUUGGACUUUCAGUAUCCAUUUUCUGCAGUGCAAGCCUUUGCUGUUGCUCUGGCUAAUGUGACUCAACGCCUCAAAUGA